AUGCACCCCCAUGUUUACUCGAACGGCAUCAUCUGCCUUGAUCUUCUCGGCCAGCAAGGGUGGAGCCCAGUGCAGAACGUUGAGAGCGUCUGCAUGAGUUUGCAGAGUAUGCUCACCGGCAACUCCAAGGACGAGCGGCCUCCGGGAGACGAAGACUUCGUCCGCGCGAACCGCCAGCGACCAAAGGACAUCCAGUUCUACUACCAUGAUAACAACGUGUGA